CUCAUCACUCUCACCUUCAAAUUGCCUAUCGCUCUUGACACCAUGUCUAGCGCACCCUUCUCGCUCGAACCACCUCAAUCCAUUGAUGGCUCAAACUUACAGGUCAAGGUUACCGAAUUAGACGAGCGACAUGCCGCCUUUGUGGUUGAGGGUGUUGAUUUAGCACUAGCCAACUCAUUACGUCGAACGAUUAUGGCUGAUUUAACAACUGUGGCGAUUCACUCAGUGGAGUUUGAAGAAAACACAAGUGUUCUUCCCGACGAAAUGAUUGCACAUAGACUUGGAUUAAUGCCUCUGAUGAGCGAAGACCUCGACAAAUAUCUCAAGAAUUGGCAGCGAGAUUGCACUUGUUUAUCAUUUUGUGACGAUUGUUCUAUCGAACUUGUACUCUCCGUCAAAAGUACCUUACCAGGAGAGACACUCGAGGUGACUAGUAAAGAUCUCGUCAUCACUCCACGAGAAGACGGGGGCGAUCGAGGUGAUGUUGGUAAACCAGUCCAGUUCACCUUACCUAAUGGAGAGCAACCCGGGGUUUUGAUUACGAAGCUCAGGAAGGGUCAGGAAGUAAAGCUUAAGUGUCGAGCAAUCAAGGGAAUCGCACAAGAACAUGCUAAAUGGUCUGCUGUAUCUACAAUCGGAUUCGAGUAUGAUCCUCACAAUCGACUGGGGCACACUGAUCUUUGGUAUGAGGUCGGCACGGAUGCCCGAGCCGAAUGGCCUCUAACAAAGAAUGCCAAAUUCGAAAGACCUCCUUUGGACGAUGAACCAGUGGAUUUUACCACAAAGCCAUCACGUUUCUAUUUCGAUGUCGAGUCUGCUGGAAAUUUGCGCCCUGAAGAUAUUGUGGUCAAGGGCAUCGAGUCGCUGAUAGUCAAGCUGGCAGCCGUACAACAGGGUAUUGCUUCCGCUCUCGGGGAAGGAGGUGGACCCAAUGCAGAUGGACGAAAUACGCCUUACAUGGGCACACCUUUUGGUGGCACUGGAACAGGGCUGGGUGGUGGUGCAACUCCAGGCGCUCGUCCUGACGGAGCAGCUUACUAUGGUGGUGCAACACCAGCUCGGCAAGUAACAGAUUGGGGACCACCUGCGGCUCCACCUACUCACGAUACUGGAGGUUGGUAACAUGGACAUUUGUAUUUUAGAAUGUUUUUCAUAACCCAUAACAUGAGUAAAACAGAUAUGUUUUUGUUGUUGGCCCACAAGAUCUUGAUCAAUCUCCAAAAGGUGUUUCCAGUUGGAACGAU